UUGACCUCAACGACGGGUCGGUGCCUCCGGACGCUCCAAUCGGAUUGGAGGUCUCCGACUACGACGCGACCUCAGCCAUUUUGAAGUGGAAAGCUCCUAUCAAUGAUGGGGGAAUGCCUCUUACUGGAUACAUUGUCGAGUACAAAGAAAUCCGAGAGAGUGAAUGGGUAGAGACCGACAAGAUUAAACCCAACAAAUAUCCCACAAACACUGUCAAGUUAUUGAGUACUGGCCAAAAAUAUGAAUUCAGGGUUUGCGCCGUAAAUCGUGCAGGAAAGAGUGUCCCAUCCGAGGCAACUCCUCCUCAGGUCAUCAAGUCUCAAAAAUCGCCUCCAAAAAUUGACCUCAAGGCGUUCGGCGAGGACGCCAAAGUGAGCUGCAAGGUCAACCAACAACUCAUUUUGGAAGUACCUGUGGACGGAACACCAGCUCCCGAAACCAGUUGGUGGUUGGGAGACGCUGAGGUCAAAAGUGAAGGGAUCGUCAAGGUGUCACACAAUCCUAACAUGGCCAAGUUGGUUCUCAUUCCUGCCAAACGCUCGGGAUGCGGGAAGUACACGCUAAAGGCUAAGAAUCAACAUGGCGAGGACAAGGCUACCGUGGAUGUCGAGAUAUUUGGUCGCCCCGAAAUUCCGCAAGGCUCGUUGGAAGUUUCUAAUGUUACCAAAAAGACUUGUCUGCUCAGUUGGAAGCCGCCAAAAGAUGACGGAGGGGCUCCCAUUACAACCUACGAGAUCGAACGGAUGGAAACGACUUCUGAGCAAUGGCUUCCAGUGGGAAAGACCAAAGGGACCAGCUUCGAAGUCAAAAACUUGGGUGAAGGCAAGGAGUACAAGUUUCUGGUUCGUGCAGUGAACAAGUUUGGCGACUCUCCGGAUCUCAUACUGGAAGAGUCAAUUACGGCCAAGGAUGAAUUCAACCCUCCGAGUCAACCCGGACCUCCUGAGAUUUGUGAUUGGGGCCAAGAUUUCGCUGACUUGAGGUGGAACACCCCGGAAGAAGAUGGUGGGGCCCAGAUUGAAACGUAUCGAAUUGAGAUCAGGAACAGAGACAAACGAGUGUGGCAAACCGCCGCAUCAGUCUCGGAGAGUGAUGCCGUCAUUAACGAUCACAUUCAGCCAGAAAAUGAAUAUGAAUUCAGAGUAGUGGCAAUUAAUAGAGCUGGAGAAUCAGAACAUUCCAAGACGUCAAAACCGAUGGUGGCCAAAGAAAGGUUUGUCAAGCCGAAAAUCGACAGAAGCACUCUAGGUGACAAGAGCAUUCUAGCUGGACAAGCACUGAGGUUGACUGCCAAUACGGUGGGCGAGCCUCCCGCUCAGAUUAGUUGGUGGUCCCCAAGUGGUGCCAAGUACGAAGAUUCCGAAGUGGUUGAAGUACAAGCGUCGUCAAACAUGAGUACAUUAGUUUUAAAACAAGUGACUCUUCAAGACUCAGGGUCAAUUAAAGUUAAGGCCAAGAAUUCUGAGGGUUUAGACGAGACCGAGGUCAAGAUUAACGUGACUGGGCCCCCUGGAAAGCCAAUUGGACCUUUGGAAGUAUCUUCAGUCCACCAGACCGGGUGCACUUUGGCAUGGAAGAAACCAGAAUCCAAUGGUGGCUCAUCAAUCAAGUCAUACGCCAUCGAACGGAAGAACGUUGAGAACGACCAUUGGGUUCCUUGUGGAUCCAUAACUGGCAAAACAGCCUCGGUUCUGAAAGAUUUGGAAUAUGAAGUGAAAAACCUGGUGGAGGGAGCUGUCUACAUGUUCCGAGUCCUAGCCUCCAACACAAACGGUGAAGGCGAACCUUUGGAGUGCUUUGUUCCAGUGUGCCCAAUGCCCUCCAAUCCCGUGCCAGACAAACCUUCCACGCCAAAAGUGAAGGCACAAGACAAAAAAUGGGUCUCCUUGGAAUGGUUUGUUCCUGCAGAUGCCGAUGUGAAGCACUACAUCAUUGAAAAACAAGAACACUUUCUUGUUCCAAAAGUGGAGGAUGUCGAGGAGGAGGCCAAUGAGAAUACACCGCAGGAAAUGAAUGGAGAUGCGCAGGAACUCAAGCCCAGGCCUGCUUUGAAGACUGGGCCCUCUUUCACAGGCGAGUUCCAAGAUUACUGCUCAAGCUGGAUGGUGGCCAUGGUCACAGAUGACAAUAGUAACUCGAUCAAGAUCACGGAUUUGGGAGAAGGCAGCAAAUACCGAUUUCGGAUCAAGGCUGUCAACGGAUCGGGACCCAGUGAGCCUUCAGAUCCAACUAUGGAAGUCGAGUGCAAAGGCAAACAGCGGCCAAUUCUGGAUCGUAGUUGCUUUGACCCGAUCAAAAUCCCUUUGGGUGGAACCAUUAUCAUACAAGUGAAGUUCACUGGCAAUCCCAUCCCAGAACGACGUUGGUUCUUUGCUAAACGUGAAUUGCAUGCCUCAGGCAAGGUCCUGAUCGUGGAGAAGGAUCAUUUGUCACGGGUUACCAUCAACGACGCUCAAAAAAUGCAUUCUGGACAAUACGAGCUCAGAGUGGAAAAUGAGUUUGGCCAAGAGACGGGGCUUGUCGACGUUGUCGUACUCACCGAACCUGAUAAGCCCAGAGGUCCCUUGAAGAUCGACAACAUCCAUGCCGAGGGGUGCUCUUGUGCAUGGUUGGAGCCUGAAAACGAUGGCGGAAGCCCAAUCACUCACUACAUUGUGGAGCGCCAAUCGGGAAGCUCUUCUCAAUGGACACCCUGUGGCAAGACGGAAAAUACCUGUUGCAAAAUCACUCAAUUACCCACGGGUAAGGAGUUUCGGCUCCAAGUGAAGGCUGUGAACUCAGAAGGUGAAUCUGAACCCUUGGGCGGUGUGGAUAGCUUCUUGACUGAGAACCAAUUUGGAACACCAGGAGCACCAGGAAGACCGGAACCCAUUGAUUGUGACUUCGACAACGUCUUGGUUGUCUGGGACCCGCCAAGACAUGAUGGUGGAUCUAGGAUCACUGGCUAUGAGCUGGAAGCGCGAAAAUGGAAGGACAAUAACUAUUUUCCAGCUGAUGAAAUCAAAAUGCAAAUGGAAAGAGGGGACAUCAAAGGUUUGGAGACCAACCAAGUUUACGCCGCCAGAGUACGAGCUGUCAAUGCAGCUGGUCCAGGUCCUUGGAGUAUGGAUAGUGACGAAUUGAUCCCCAAGCACAAAUCACUCAAGCCCAAGAUUGUGCUGAAUGAUGGAAAAGAUAUCACUGUUCAAAGUGGAACCACGUUAACCGUCUUUGCUUCAGUUGAGGCCGAACCUCCUGUCGAGGAUGUUGACUUUGAACUGGCCGGCAAAUCUCUUCUCCACGACCUAAACCAAGGAAUUUUGAUCGAUAUCAAACCCUAUAAGGUGCGCCUCCAAAUUGAUUCAGUGCAAAGGAAAAUGUCUGGAAUUCUCAAAUGCGAGGGCAGAAAUGUCAAUGGAAAACAUUCGGCUCAUGUCGAACUGAAGGUCCAAGGAUUACCUUCAAAGCCAAAGGGGAUUUUGGAAGUUACAAACGUUCACAAAAAUGGCUGCCGAUUGUCCUGGGGAACUCCGGAGGACGAUGGAGGUCUAUCCAUAGAAUAUAUCGUGGAAAGAAAAGUUUCAAAUGAGAGUGAUUGGACCAAGGUUAUCACAACUCCUAAUUCAAUUUGCGACUUACUCGAUCUAGAACAGGGAAAAGAAUACUCAUUCAGGAUCAUUGCUGCUAAUUCAAUUGGUAACUCUGAACCCCUCACCAUUCUACGGCCUAUCGUCGCCAAGGACCAAAUUUCCACUCCAUUGCCUCCUGGUGCUCCUGAAAUCACAGAUUGGUCAGAGAGGCACAUGGAACUUGUUUGGAGCCCGCCUUUGGAUGAUGGAGGCUCACCAAUCACGGGGUACCAAGUUUUAACGCGUCUGAACUCGACUGGAGAUUGGCAACUUUGGGAGACCGUACCUGCUCAAGACUGUUCAGCAACACUGCAGAAUCUCAAUUUUGGUACCCAAUACCAAUUUCAGGUGGUGGCUUCCAAUAAAGUGGGCAAGAGUGAUCCAAGCAUUUCUUCGAGACCCAGGGAGGCCCGACCUCAAGCUUUGGCACCCUCUAUGAAUACCUUGAACAUGCGGGAUGUAAAGGUGACGGCCGGAAGUCGAGUCAAAUUCGAUGUGCCUUUCCAAGGCGAACCUACUCCAGAGGUAAUCUGGACCAAGGAGGGUUCAGACACGCCUAUAGUGAGCAGCAGGAGCCAGGAUAUCACUCAGGCCACUACAGAAAAUGCUACAAAACUGGCUUUUAAUAAUAUCGCUCGAACACAGGACGGCACCUACACUUUAACUAUUAUGAACGAGUCGGGCAAGGAGUCAGCCUCAGCCACAAUCACAGUGCUGGAUCGUCCCCUUCCCAUUGAAGGUCUUUCUGCCCUUCUUGACCGCUCCAAGUGUUCUUUGGCGUGGAAGCGACCUAGUGAGGACGGUGGAGCCCCCAUUGAUCACUAUCAAAUUGAGAGAUUUGAUGCGGACAAGGGCUUUUGGAUGGCAUGUGGAAGAUCAAAAGAAACUUCUUUUGAAGCCAUUGGACUAUUGAAGGGACAUGAGUAUCGAUUCCGAGUCAGCGCAUCCAAUAGAUUGGGGGAGUCUGACCCCGUGGAAACACCCGAAACUUUCCUGAUCGAGGCAGAUCUUAUAAUGUAAGGCACGUUUGAUUGAUCUUCAUAUAAAUUUGAAUAAAUACAUCCUUCAACACAUUCAUUACAUAA